AUGGGUCUCAAGGUCAAGGGCGGUUCUGACAAGAAGGCGACCUCCUCGAGAGGCGGAAAGGGCAUCAAGGGCGAGAACUUCUAUCGAGAUGCCAAGCAGGCCAAAAGGGUCAAGCUCCUGGCAAAGAACGGCAUUGCCAGCAAGGCCAUUCGUGACAAGGACGGAAACAUCAUCCAGAAUGCCGAGUUCCAAAGCAGCGAGGCCAAGCCCGGCCGUGUACAGCCUGAUCGGCGGUGGUUUGGCAACACACGUGUCAUCUCCCAGGACGCUCUUGACCACUUUCGAACCUCGCUCGGCUCCAAGGUCAAUGACCCUUACUCGGUCCUCAUGAGGAGAAACAAGCUUCCUAUGUCGCUUAUUCAAGACGCAAAGACGGGCAAGUCACCCGAUCUCACGACGGUCGAGCCCUUCUCCCAGACCUUUGGGCCCGGUGCCCAGCGCAAGCGUCCAAGACUGGACGGGGCAAUGGGAAGCUUUGCCGAGCUUGCCGAAAGCAGCGAGAUGGCAGGAAAGGCUGCCGAAGACAAGCAAAGAGCAGCUGCAGAGAGGGCUGCAGGGAUCGGUCUUGUUUCCGCCGACUCGGAAAUUGGAGCGCGGGACCCCAACGACCUAUCGUCGGCGAGUGCCUACGACGUCGUGCCUUCGCUGCAGGAUGAAAUCUACUCCAUGCCAGUCACAAGAGGUCGUAGUGAGCCGAUCUACAGCAAGGGCCAGUCUCGACGAAUUUGGGGUGAGCUGUACAAAGUCAUCGACUCUUCCGACGUCGUCAUCCACGUCCUCGACGUUCGCGACCCUCUGGGGACAAGGUGCAGGAGCGUCGAAAAGCACAUUCGGGACGAGAAACCUCACAAGCAUUUAGUCUUUCUCCUCAACAAGGUCGACCUUGUUCCAACUUGGGUCACGGCACGCUGGGUGAAGAUUCUUUCCAAGGAGUACCCAACAUUGGCCUUCCACGCAUCGAUCAACAACUCUUUCGGAAAGGGUUCGCUGAUCCAGCUGCUGCGCCAAUUCUCUGUUCUCCACUCUGACAAGAAGCAAAUUUCGGUCGGCUUCAUUGGCUAUCCCAACACGGGCAAGUCUUCGAUCAUCAACACGCUCAAGAAGAAAAAGGUGUGCAACGUUGCGCCCAUUCCCGGCGAGACGAAAGUGUGGCAGUACAUUACCCUGAUGCGGCGCAUCUACCUCGUUGACUGCCCCGGCAUCGUUCCCGUCGGUGCCAACGACUCCGAGACAGGCACCGUGCUCAAGGGCGUGGUCCGUGUCGAGAAUCUCGAGACACCUGCCGAGCAUAUACCCGCCCUCAUGUCGCGAGUCAAGCCCGAAUACCUCAAGCAGACGUACGAGGUCAAAUUGUGGACCGACAGCCAGGACUUCCUCGGCCAGCUGGCCAGACGCAUGGGCAAGCUUCUCAAGGGCGGCGAGCCGGACUAUGAAACGUGCGCCAAGAUGGUUCUCAAUGAUUGGGUCCGCGGCAAAAUUCCCUACUUCGUUGCUCCUCCUCUGCCCGAGGUUGCAGCUCAAGGUCAAGAUACCAAAGCCAAAGACGUCAAGGGCAAGGGCAAGGCUGUGGCCGAAGGAGAGGUGGAUGACACCUCGGCCUUGGACACGGUCGUGCGAAAGAAGAGGGUCAAGGGCGUGGAACAGCCACUGCGACAGAUUGCCGUUGUCAACAAGUUCACCCGAGAAGACGUUGACGGUGGUGUACCCGAGGACUUCGAUGCGGCCGCCAAGGCUGACGAUGUCGACGUGGAAGAGGAGCCCGAGUUCUCCGAAGGAAGUGAAGACGACAACAGCGAAGACGACGAUGAUGACGAUGAUGGCGAUGACGAUGACAAUGACGAGCUGGAGGACCUGGCGUGGGAGGACGUUUUCAAGGGCGCCUCGUCGCCUGGCUCUGGCGACGCGACAGCCGCCAGCAAGGCCGAGGAAGAAGAAGUUGAAGAGGAGACGGCGAAGCCAAAGAAGGCGGAGCGCAUGAAGACGAACAAACGUAAGGCGGAGAACUUCUACGACAAGGUCAACGUCAAGGGCAAGAACCGCGAGAAGGCGCAGAAGAUGCAGGAGCUACAGCGCGAGAAGCGCAAGCAGCGAGCGCCCAAGGUUGGGGCGAAUCGCAAGGGCGCUAGACGAUGA